CAGCAAGUAUUGUAUUUUAGUUGCCAGUCGAAGCGAUUUGCUUCGUUCGUGUUUUCUUGCUUUUCACAAAGCGACAUUCAAGUUAGUUUGAAAGGUAUUGAAAUUGUUGCAGGAUGACUAACCGAAAGGCGAAAAGCGCCAGAAACCGUCGCAAGAAUAAGAAUAUUGCAGGUGAGGAGGCUGGAGCCGUGCAACCCACACAACAACCGAAAUCGAAAAAGUCAAAAUCAAGUAGAAAAUCGGAAAAAGCCGAGAGAAAAAUGACAUUCGGGGAGCAACAAAUGCUGCAGCAAACUGUGCUCAAUUUUAUAAGAAGCGACGAACUGUCGCAGGAGAUAGUUGGCUUAAGCAAUCAGGAGCGCAGAGAGAUUCACCUGUUCGCCCGACAGCACGGCCUAAAAACGCGCAGUCGCAGCAGCAACGGCGACCGGGUGCUGACCCUAACUCGCGGUGCUACCACCAGGGUGGACAUACGUCUGGAUGAGGUCAAGCUGGCCGUGUCGCUGCAAUUUGGCAGCGUCUUGGACACGGCCCUCAAGGACUUGAGCCGCAGACGGUCGCAGCCCCUUCAACCGCAGCGUCGCGAACCAAGUAUCCAAAACGGCGGCCUAGUUGGCAUUCCACGUGUGCCGCCGAUCCCUCACAACAUCUGCGGGGAGCUGGAUGACGAGCGCCGUAAUCUUCCCAUAUUUACCAAGCGCGAAAAAAUAUACGAGCUGCUCGAAAUGUCGCAGGUUCUGAUUGUGAACGGUGCCACGGGCUCUGGCAAGUCCACCCAAUUGCCGCAGUAUUUGAUGGAGAAGGCAGCCGAAUCGAAUCAGUCUGUACGCAUUGUGGUUAGCCAACCGCGGCGCAUUGCCGCCAUUAACGUGUCCGGGCGCAUUGCCGAGGAGCGCGGUGAGGUGAUUGGCGACACCGUCGGCUAUAUUAUACGUAUGGAGAGCAAGUGCAGCAGUAGCACGGUGCUGGCAUUGACCACAAGUGGCUGCCUGCUGCGCACGCUGGCCAUGAAAAGCGCGGAGUUCUUUAAUAACACCACGCAUAUAGUCAUUGAUGAGGUGCACGACCGCGAUCUCGAUACGGACUUUCUUUUGCUGGCCAUUAAGCUAGAGCUGGAGCGCAACAAGUCGCUCAAGGUUAUACUAAUGUCGGCCACAAUGGAUCUAUUGGCGUUGUCCAAAUACUUUGGUAAUGCUCCCAUCCUGGAUGUGGAGGGACGUAGCUUCAAUGUGCGCAUCUUUUCGCUGGAGAACAUACUGCACAUGACCGGCUAUAUGACGCCGCAGAUGGCACGUGUGCUGGGCAACAAAACCGACGCUGACGAAGAUGAGCUCGUGGAGGCCUAUGCACUUGCACAUAAUAUACACGAGCAGGAGAUAGACAAUUCGCUGAUUGUGUCCCUGCUGCAGGUGGUGCUGUUGAUGGGCAUGAAGGGCGCCGUGAUUGUCUAUCUGCCCGGCUAUCAGGAUAUGACAAAAUUGAUGGAUCAGCUGGUUGACAGUCUGCCAGUGGAUUUGAUCAAGAUAAUGUUGCUGCACAGCCAGGUCGAUACCGCGAGGCAGAAGGAUGUCUUUCGCGAAUAUCCAAAUGUGCAGCUCAAGAUUGUGCUGAGCACAAACAUUGGCCAGACUUCGAUCACCAUUCCCGAUUUGCUCUAUGUAAUCGAUACGGGCCGUGUCAAAAUGAAGACCUAUGAUCCGGCGACCGGCGCCUCGCAUCUGGACUGCACUUGGAUAUCCCAGGCGGAUGCUCAGCAGCGCACUGGGCGUGCCGGUCGUCGUAAUGAUGGCAUCUGCUAUCGCCUCUUUAGCAGCAAUCAGUAUCACAGCUUCAGUCGCUUUACGGUGCCGGAGAUAUUGCGCCAUACACUCGAUGAGGUCUGCCUGUUGGCCAAGAUAGCCGCCCCAAACAAGGCGAUCGAACAUUUCUUGUCGCAGGCCUUGGAUCGCCCGCAGCCUGUCGCCAUUGCCCAAGCUUGCGCCAAGCUAAAGCUGCUGGACGUGCUUCAUGACGACGAGAGCGUCACCCCGCUGGGCCACAUCAUAGCCGAACUGCCGCUGGAUGUGCAGCUGGGCAAGUGUCUGGUUUACGGCAUCUAUUACCAAUGCGUGGGCAGCAUGAGCAUCAUAACCGCCUACUACUCGGUGCGCGAUCCGUUUGUCCUGCCCACCGAUCGUUACGCACGCAGCGAACAGCGCAAGGCCCGUGAUUUCUUUAGCAUCAAUGCGUGCAGCGAUUCGAUUGGCAUACUCCAGCUGUACCAUGAGUACUUGUACGCCGACAACAGGGGCAGCCGCGAAGUGGACAAGUUCUGCGAGAAGCACUUUUUGUGCCGCAAGUCGAUGGAUCUGUUUGUAUCGGCGGUGCAAACGCUGCGUCUCACCCUGAUGCGCAUGUUCAAAUUUGCGGACAUGAGGACGGCCACCAAAUAUGACCACAACUUGAAUAUGGUGCGAAUGGCCCUGACAGCCGGGCUCUAUCCACGAAUUGUUUACGUCGAUCGUACAAAGAAUUCGCGCCUCAUAGCCGACUGCGAUCCGCGUGUCCAACUCUCGAGGAACUCCUGUUUAUCCUUGUGCUUUGCCAAAAGGAUGAAGGGCACUCAGAGCGAAUGGCUCCUAUACGUGGAGAAGACCCGCACAGCUGCCCUCAUCUCGCACAUUGAGCAUACUACACUAGUCAGCACUUUGAUGGUGGCCCUCCAGUGCGGCAAGGUGGCCAAAUUGGAGCCAUUUUUACUGGACAUACUCGAGCCUUUAGAUGAGUACGAUCCUGUUAAACAUACUGUUCUGCGCCUGGACACCUGGCUGCGCAUUCAGCUCUCCACAGAAUUGGGCGAAAAACUGCUCAAGCUGCGCUCCAAUAUUGCCAAAGAGUUCAACGAGCUGGUUGCCAAUCGCACUGUGGUAUCGGCUCGUUGUCCAUCCGUUGAAUAUGUCCAAAGACUAUUGGAUCUCGAUACAGACCAAUCGGGUCUAUCGGCUUCAGAUGUUGUAUUUUUCUAGAUGUCGUACGAACUUUGCUAGGAUCUUAGACCAGCUUGCAUAUAUAUUUAUUUAAAUAUUUUAUUUAUUUAUUUUCUAUCUGAGCAUAGGUUAUCAGCUAACCUAUCUGAGUAUAGAGACAGACAAGAAUAUCUAGUUUACAGGGGGUUUUUUUCGCAUCGACCUUUUGGAUCUAUGUAUUACUAAAUGUACAAAUUUAAAUCAUACUGUGAAAUUAUAACUCAAUACCAAUCUAUUGUACACACAAUUAAAACAUAAGAACGCGCUAAAGCCCUUACUCAUACUAUGGUUUUUAUAAGAUCUGAAUCUGAGUCUCUAUUUGACUAUGAAUCUAUGAGAUUAAUACCUGAAAUGGUUCUAAAAUUAAUUUGUUUACUCAUAUUCCAAAUUGAAUACAUAAUUGACCCAGAAUCUAUGAGAUUGAUACCUGAAAUGAUUUUAAAAUCAAUUUGUCUAUGGAUUCCCCCAAAUUAAAUAUAUAAAUGCAUGUUGACUUAGGAGAGAACUUUGAUUUAUGAUAUCAGAUAAACUUUUAUUCUUUAACUAAGCAGGUCACGUCUCAGCAUUCCAACUUUAAAAUAUCAAAAUCAAGUGUACGAUUUUUAAUAUAUUACAAUUUAUAAAUGAUAUAUGUGUACUAUCGGGCACCUUUUAUUAGAA